AUGGUUGCCGCCGCUACUGCCGCUACUACCAUCGCUCCUGAAAAGCCGCGAUCGUUGAAUCGAUCCUGCAUUCAGUGUCGAGAGCGCAAGGUCAAAUGCGAUCGCCUCGACUCUUGCUCCCAAUGCAUUGCUAAAGGCGCUACGGAUGAAUGCAAACGAGAGCUGCGUAAGAAGAGGGCCAAGAAGAAGCGGUCCUUUCCCAAACGUAAGAGUCGUACCAUCGCCGCAGAGCCCGACAACAUCGCCUCUUCCACCAUAACCGCAGCCGCAGCCAGCAUCGCUCGUGUCUCGUUUAGAACUGCAGUCCCGGGCAGCGAGAAUGUUCCCAUGCUCACUUGGGCAGAGACAAGGAUGCUGCCGCCGUCUCGCAAGGUCAACCUUCAUCCUCGAGCAUCUCACAGCAAAAAGACGCAAAGUCUGAUUUCGGAUGAAGCAAGCUCCUACGACUCGGAAGACUAUGAUAUCCAAGACACCUUGCAGACCGAUGGUCGUCUUCAGAUGCUCGAAGCCAACCAGCUUAUGCACCUCAACACUGCACCCCAGUUCAGGUGUCCCUUCGCCCUCAAGGACUCCGCCACAGACGUGCACCUACUCCAUGACGUCUACGUGAAACUGCUCCACUCGAUCCAUGACAACAUCGUUCACAUCCUUACGGUGCAAGUGAUCCUCACUGAGCUGCUCACCGAUUCUUCCUUUGAGCAGCGCAAUCGAUACGCCUUUGGUCAGAUUACCACUGCCCUCAUGGUCAUCUUUGCCGCUUUGCGAUUUGCUCCACUUGACUGCGCCUAUACUUGGAGCAGACGUGGAAGCAGCAGCACCAGCGGCAGCGACAAUGGCUAUGCCCGAGUCAAUGCACUCUCGCAGAAGGAUAUUCGCCAACGUCAACGGAGAAUCUAUUCGCUCGUCAAGCGUAUUCAACGUUUCGAUCGACCUUCACCUUUGGCAAGCAACAAACAUCGCACCUACCGUAUUGCUCCCUCGCACUUCAAUACUCGUCAACCCCUCAAUCUCUUCGACGAUGAGCUGCUCAUCAUUCCUUGCCUUGCUUUGCAUCUUCGAUCAACGCGGACGCACGUCAGCUACUCGUACGCCACCAUCGACUUUGCCAUGAUGACCCGCAUUCCAGUGGAUCAGGUCAAUGCGCAGUCGGAUCUAGACACCGGUCCCGAUUCGGCGCAGGGAUGGGGUCUUGCUUCCAUGUUCGGUCAGCGCUUGUCUUCAGCACAGCGAGACUCGCUUGAUCAGAUGUUCCAAUCCAUCAUCGCUGCCUUCCCUGCGCACUAUUCUCUGGAGGUACGCUACGACGUCAUUGCGCUGGUCGAUAUCAAACGAUGGCUGCUACACCAGCGACUCUUCUAUCUGUUCUUGACGCUGCAUGUGCCGCUGGUGUCGGAAGCAACUCGACCGCAUGGCAGCUUGAUGUACAUGGCGAACCACAUCCUCCACAUUCAGGAUAAGGUGACUGACGUCAACACUCGUCUUGAUAACAGCUACCUCAUCACGCUGCAGACGCUGCGUGGAUGCCUAGCGCUUCUGUUGGAUCUCGUCUUCACUGAUGCGCCUGUCAACAUCAGUGGGUUGACACGUCUAAUGACGCGCCGCAAGAUCAUUACCGCUCUCGAAAAAAUUCCGAUGGAUGUGCUGUCGAGCACCACCACCAAGCUGAGCAUCCAGCUUGUGAGGCUUCUUAUGUCGUUGGAAGAGCAGCAUCAUCGCUUGCAGCUCGGUUCAGGCGCUUCCUCUGUCGAUAUGUCGCCUGGAGCAGCCAGUGAUAUGACGCCGGUAGCGCAAGAGCCAACAAUCGAUGUCAUCGCCGACGCAGCUACUCUACGCAAUCGCUGGCAUGCGACGUGUCAGAUCCUCGACGUGCUUCUCAAUGACGGCUACUGGCGCUCUUUCCGCAAGAAUCGGCUCCAGCUCGACCAUUUGAUCCCUGAAUGGCUGCAGAAGCCACAGCGAGAAGAGCAUAACGUGAAGCCGAUGCAAGUGGCAAGCUCAUCGGCAGAGGUGAUGCAGACACAGAUCGCUUCGGGUGCGUCGUUUGCGUCGAGACUCGAGCACGCUUUCGAUUCGGGUACGGCCGAAGCUGUGCUCGGCCCUCUCAACGAUCUGGGUCUCAUUCUGCCCUUCGACCCCAAGCUUUGGGAGGAUCUCGAUGUCUCUGGUUUCGACGUGCCCGAUGGACCAUCGCAGAUGCCUCAAUUCGAUAUGGAUCUGUUGGGUCACCAAGAUUUCGAAGGGAUCGGCAAUUCAAGUCAGUCGAUCGACUUUGCCAAGAUGCUCAUGGAUUGGCGUGUCGACGUUCCUCUCAACUCUUGA